AGCGGCCGGAACGAUGGCAGGUGUCGCUGCCCGGCGGCUGCCUGAGAUGGGGCUGUCCGCGCUGCUGAUGCUGGCGCUGUGCGCGGCCGGUGCGCGGGCGCUGUACUUCCACAUCGGCGAGACCGAGAAGCGCUGCUUCAUCGAGGAGAUACCUGAUGAGACUAUGGUCAUCGGGAAUUAUCGCACCCAAAUGUGGGAUAAGCAAAAAGAGGUCUUCCUGCCCUCAACCCCUGGCCUAGGGAUGCAUGUGGAAGUGAAGGACCCUGAAGGGAAGGUGGUGCUGUCCCGGCAGUAUGGCUCAGAGGGCCGCUUCACUUUCACUUCCCACACUCCUGGUGACCAUAAGAUCUGCCUGCACUCCAACUCUACCAGGAUGGCUCUCUUUGCUGGUGGCAAACUGCGUGUGCACCUAGACAUCCAGGUUGGGGAACAUGCCAAUAACUACCCUGAGAUUGCUGCCAAGGAUAAACUGACAGAGCUGCAGCUCCGAGCCCGCCAGUUGCUUGAUCAGGUGGAGCAGAUCCAGAAGGAGCAGGAUUACCAGCGGUAUCGUGAAGAACGCUUCCGUCUGACCAGCGAGAGUACCAACCAGAGGGUCCUGUGGUGGUCCAUUGCUCAGACUGUCAUCCUCAUUCUCACUGGCAUCUGGCAAAUGCGUCACCUCAAGAGUUUCUUUGAGGCCAAGAAGCUGGUGUAAUCCUCUCUUUCCAUGUGACCCUUCCCUUUCACCUCAGUACCAUGCCCACCAAAUACCUUAUCCACCUGGAUUCUGAGGGGAAAAAGAUGAAGAAAAAAAAAAAUACAUAAGCCACAUUGGUU